AUGGCAGGGAGUUUAAGCAACGCGGCGUCCAAGAUCAUGGGCGGAAACGGCGUCUUUAGCCGCUCCAUUGAAUCUUCUCUUCGCCUACGCGGCGGUGACACAAGGCUUCCUCUUCCUGUAAACGACGGGCUUGUUUGGGACAAUGGCACGCCCGUUCCCAGAGCCUGCGUUGAUCACCUUGCUGAGCUAAUAGUUCGAAAGCUCCUACUUGUUCAUCUCAUGAUCAAUCUGUGUUUUUCUUUGAAGCCACUUUGUCAUGAUGAUGAGAGGUCUUCCUUGUUGCAGUUCAGAGAUAGUUUCAAGAUCGAUGAACGAGCUCUCUUACCUUUUGCUAAUUCAAAGGUCAUAAACUGGACGGUAGAAGAAGAGGUGAGUGACUGCUGCACUUGGGAUGGUGUGAAGUGUGAUCCAAACACUGGCCAUGUGAUUGAACUUGAUGUGAGCAGCAGCUAUCUGCACGGUUCUAUCAACUCUGAUAGCACCCUAUUCAGACUUGUUAACCUUGAGAAGCUUAAUCUUGCUGACAAUGAUUUCAAUUACUCUCCAAUUCCCAAAGCUUUUAGUAAGCUUUCAAGGCUGAGUUAUCUCAACCUUUCCCUUUGUACAUUUUCUGGUCAAAUCCCCAAUGAAAUUUUGGGACUCUCCAGAUUGACUACUCUUGAUUUGUCUGUCAAUAUUGAUGAGUCAUCUGAGCAGAAGUUGCUGCACCUCAAAAAUCCGGAUUUGAAAAGCCUAAUCCUGAACUUAAAAAGGCUUGAAGUACUCGAUCUCAGUUUUGUUGACAUAUCCUCCAGAGUGCCUGAUAUGUUGGCAGACUUGUCUACUUUGAAAGAGCUGUCGCUAAGAAGCUGUGGAUUGAAGGGUGAGUUUCCCACGAGAAUUUUUCAACUUCCUAAUCUGCAAUUUCUGAGCCUGUCGGAUAACAUUGACCUCUAUGGUUCAUUGCCUCCACUUCAGCGGAGUUCUCUUGAGUUGUUUAGCGUUGCGAAGACUAGCUUCUUUUCUGGUGAGCUACCUCCUUCAAUCGAAAAUCUUCGUUCUUUGAAUGUAUUGAUAGCGUUUGGUUGCAAUUUUUAUGGGUUUCCAUCAUCCAUAGCUAAACUUAGCCAGCUAUCUUAUCUUGACCUUUCAGAAAAUAAUUUUAGAGGCCAAAUCCCUUCUUUCUUGGAAAAACUUACCAACUUGACAUAUUUAUCACUUGCUUCCAAUCAAUUUACUGGUCCAAUUCCGGAGUCAUUUUCAAGACUCAGAAAUUUGGAAACCCUUUUACUACAGAACAAUAAUUUCAAUGGCACUGUGAAUUUUGAUAUGUUUCUUGGCCUUAAAAAUCUGAGCCAGCUUGAUCUAUCACGCAACAAUCUUUCUGGUGUCACUGAACCAAGUGGUAUCAAUUCAACACUUUCACAGUUGACCAUUCUACGACUGGACUCAUGCAACUUAAGAAAGUUCCCUGAUUUCCUUAUGAACCAGAAAAGUUUGAAGUGGUUGAGUCUUCAAGGAAACCAAAUUGGUGGUCUAAUACCCAAAUGGAUAUGGACCGUGAGCGUGGAAACUUUGAUGGUCUUGAAUCUUGCGAACAACUUCUUGACAGGCUUUGAACAAACCCCAGAUAUUUUUUCUUGGGUUAAUCUACGUGUGUUGGUUCUAUCUUUUAACAUGCUGAAUGGGUCAUUACCAAUUCCUCCACCUUCUACCCUUCUCUUUGACAUUUCAGACAACAAUUUAACUGGAGAAUUUUCUCCUUCAAUUUGUGAUCUGCCGUUUCUUCAAGUUCUUCAUUUGUCUAACAACAGGUUGAGUGGUGUGAUUCCAGAGUGUUUGGGAAACUCUGGCAACCGACUCUCAGUGUUAAAUCUCAGAAACAACUCCUUUACUGGCAGCAUUCCUGACACCUUCACAGAUGGAACACUCUUGAGAGUGAUUGAUCUAAGCGAUAAUCAUCUACAAGGUCAACUACCAAGAUCACUAGCCAAUUGCGGGAUGCUUGAAAAGCUUGUUCUGAGUAACAAUCAGCUCGAUGACAUUUUCCCUUCCUGGUUGGGGAAUCUUCCAGAGUUGAGAGUCCUAGUGCUCAAAUCCAAUAAGUUCCAUGGAGUUAUAGAAGACCCACCAACCAUCUUCCAACCCACCAAGUUGCGUAUAAUCGAUAUGUCCAACAACAAAUUCGUUGGAAAAUUGCCAUCUAAAUACAUCCAGAGCUGGAAUGCCAUGAAAGAUAUCAGUUUCAAUCUCUCAGCAUACUUGCAGACAAACCCAACUUUCAAUGCACAAGAGUAUUUAUUGGAGACCAACUACAAUGUAAUAGUUACCAUGAGAAACGACGGUUUUCUUAUACGCUAUGUGGUACUCCAAGAAGAUGUUGCAGUCAUAGACCUCUCAAACAACAAAUUUGAUGGAGAAAUUCCACAAGUCAUAGGGGGUUUAAAGGGUCUCAAUGGACUCAACCUAUCCAAUAACAUUCUAAGUGGUGGAAUACCGUCAUCUUUUGGGAACUUAACAGAGCUUGAAUUCUUGGAUCUUUCUCACAACAAGCUCUCAGGAGAGAUACCCAAACAACUCACAAAUCUCAAGUUUCUUCAAGUCUUUGAUGUCUCUCACAAUCUUCUCACAGGACCUAUACCACAGGGAAAUCAAUUUGACAAGUUCGAGAGCAGUUCAUAUGAAGGAAACUUGGGAUUGUGUGGCCAUCCAUUGCUGCUGGAAUGUGGAAAUUCUGAGGCCUCAACGUCGGAGUCAGAACUUGAAUUUGAUUGGAAGGUUGUGGGGAUUGGAUAUGGAUGUGGGCUAGCCAUUGGAUUAUUUAUUGGGCAAAUUGUGAUUUCAAAGAAGCACAUGUGUUCUGCCAUGAGUUUUAGAACAUACAACAAUUCAAGAAGAAGAAAGGGAUGGAUGAGGCUUAGGAAAUGA